AUGUCACCACCACGCUCCUCUGAUGUGGAAAGUACACCUUUGCUGCACAAUGAGCGUUGGCACGGGCAGGAUGGCGACGAUCAAGGCAGUGACGAGGAAGUAAUCACCUUCGACAAGGAUGAUGAGGAGGAUCCAAAGAAAUGGCCGAAAAAGAUCAAGUAUUUUCAGGUGCUGCAGAUUACCUUCAUUGGCCUCCUCUGCCCUCUGGCCAGCUCAAUGCUAGCUCCCGCGAGCACCAAUGUGGCCGCCGAAUUUGGCGUCGAGAAGCAAGCCAUCGUCGGUGCACAAUCCGGCUUUUUGCACCUGCUUGGGGUUGGCCCGCUCUUUUUGGCUCCCAUGUCAGAAACGUUCGGACGUAGGACGAUUUUCCUGACAAACCUUGUCCUCUUCACCAUCAUGCAAAUACCUACAGCUCUUGCUGGAAACCUCCCCGUGCUCAUCACUCUACGUACCAUCACAGGUCUGUUUGCUUCCGUUGGAGUUGCAAAUGGGGGAGGCUCCAUCUCGGACAUGUUUGAGGCCAAGGAACGCGCCAGCGUGCUCGGCUUCUAUCUCCUCGGUCCUCUACUCGGGCCCUCCUUGGGCCCUUUUUUCGGCGGUCUCAUCGUUGCCCAUAUGGACUGGCGAUAUAUCUUCUGGAUCCUGUUCGUCGUGUCGACACUGAUGUGUCUGUCAAGCUAUUUCUUUCUUUAUGAGACAUAUGCACCGAUUGUGCUCGAUGGUCGGAAGAAGAAGUUACAAUCGAAGCAUCCUGAUACACAGUAUCGCGUCGAGGGUGCAUCGGACCAGCCGAUCUACAAGAAGAUCUUGUCUAAUUGCAAUCGUGCCCUCAGGAUUCUCUUCACACAACCUAUCGUUCUCAUCAUGUCGAUCUACCAAGCUGUCAUCUUUGCCACGAUGUUCACCCUCUAUUCAACUUUCACCAACAUUUGGCCAUCCCCACCCUACGACUUCAACAAGACCCAACUCGCACUCACCUAUCUCGCGCCUGCGACCGGCUUCAUCCUCGCGGCCAUCUUCGUUGUCCCAUCGAUUGACCGGAUCUACGGCAAGCUCGCCAAGUCCAAUGACGGCGAGGGCCUGCCCGAACACCGUCUACCCAUCGCAUUCAUCGGCGCCGUCUUUCUUCCUGUUUCUCUAUUCUGGUUUGCGUGGACAAUCGAGAAUAGCAGCCCUUGGCCUGUUCCGCUCUCUGCAACACUUCUCUUUGGCGCCAGCCAAGUGUGCAUCUUCAACAGCACGCAGAACUACUACAUCGACAGCUUUGAAAAGUUUGCAGCAUCGGCGUUGGCGGCUGGAGCGUUUCUGCGAAGUAUGAUGGGUGCACAGAUUCCGCUGUACGUGUCUGGGUUGUUCGAGAAGUUGGGUUACGGCUGGGGAAUGAGUGUAUUUGGCUUCGUCACUGUGGCGUUGAUGCCCGCCCCAGUGCUGUUUUACUGGAAGGGCGGAAAAUUGAGGGAGAAAUUUGCUGUUGAUCUUAGUUGA